AUGGAUUUUGAUAAAGCAGCACAAAAAUUAAAGGAGAAAGGAAAUACUCACUUUCAACGGAAGGAAUAUUUGCAAGCCAUUAAAAACUACCAAGAAGGUUUUACCUAUACCAAUGAUAGUGAUCCGUUUUUCAAGACUAAUAUUGCAUUGUGUUAUAUUAAAAUGAUGAAGUAUGAACAGGCCAUUCAAGAGUGUAAGAUUGCGAUCAAGUUGAGUCCUAAAUUUGUUAAGGCUUAUUAUUUAUUGGGAGAUGCCUAUUUACAUUCCAUGCAAUAUGAUGAUGCAGAGAAGGCUUUUUUGAAGGCUGAAGUUUUGGCAAAAGAGUUGCAUAAUACAUCGAGUUCCAUGUUAUUGAGCAUUUAUAAGGGCAUCGAUCAAUCACGAGCAAGAAAAUAUGAAAAACAAGAGCAGGAACGUCAACAUGUGGUGAUUGAAAUGAAGAAGUUUGUUGAAAAGUUGAUGAACACACAUGAGAAACUAGUUGUACUGUCUGACUCGGAGAGAGAAGAAUUUAAUUUGAAACAAUUUCAAUUAGAAUCGUUUUUUGAUCAAAGCAUUCAUCCUACAAAGGAAUUGGAAGUACCUGAAAUGCUAUGUUGUAAAAUUACAUUUACCAUCAUGAGAGAUCCAGUAGUGACACCAUCAGGCGUUUCCUACGAAAGAUCAGCAAUUUUGAAACAUUUAAAAGAUAAUGGAUUAUUUGAUCCUGUAACACGAAAACCUCUAACACCAGAACAAUUAUAUCCUAAUUUGACUUUAAAAGAAAUUAUUGACGACUGGAUUCGAAAGUAUCCCUACACAAUUACUGAAGAUCAUUACUAUUCGAUUGAUUAA